AUGGUCAGGCACUUUCUUAGCCAGGAAGCUCAAGCUCGCUUCAGUGCCGCCCGGCUCGACGUAAUCGAGGAAAUGGGACGGCUGGCCGUCGAGGAGCGAUGCCAGUUCGUGGUUGUGUGCGGAGAUGUUUUCGAAUCGAACCAGGUGCAGAGACAGCUGCUGGUUCGUGCCCUCGAGAAGAUGGCCGCUUUCCCUGAAAUGGGGUUUUUCCUGCUGCCUGGCAACCAUGACCCGGUGAAUGCCUCAUCGGUCUACGAGUCUCCGACAUUCCGCCAGCGCUGUCCGGACAAUGUAAGGGUUCUCAGAGAGUUCGAGGUGGUUGAGGCGGUGCCGGGAGUGGAACUGGUCCCCGCUCCGUGGCCCAACAAGCAUCCGACCACCGACUUGGUGGAGGCGGCUUGCGCUGGGCUUGAGGCCGGCAGUGCCCUGCGUAUCGUUGUUGGCCACGGGGCAAUGGACUCGAUGUCUCCGGAUCCCGGUGACCGGAGGGCAAUCGGACUGCGGGGAGUGGAGGAGCGAGUUUCUGCGGGGCUGGUCCACUACGUUGCCCUUGGCGACCGCCAUUCCACGACGAAUGUGGGCUCCACUGGCCGAAUCCACUAUUCGGGUGCCCCGGAACCCACCGAUUACGAUGAGACUGACCCUGGAAACGUUCUUGUCGUCGACCUCACGGCUGACCGGGUGGAGGUGGAAAUCAGGCAUGUGGGGAAAUGGCGGUUCCUGCAGCGCAACUGGCCGGUGAGCUCCGAUCAGGACAUUGACGCAUUGGAGGAAUGGUUGUCCGGUGAGGAGGCCAAGGAGCGCACGGUCGUCAGGUUGUCCCUGGUGGGCCAGGUCUCCGUGGCCCAGAAGGCCCGCCUGGAUGACCUGCUGGAACAUCACGCCGACCUUUUCGGGGCCAUUGAAAUGUGGGAGAGGCAGAGCGACCUUGUGGUGAUCCCUGAUGAGACGGACGUGGACCACUUUGGGCUUUCGGGAUUCGCGAGUGACGCGUUGAGCGAGUUGCGGUCCAUGGCUGAGGGUGGUGAGUCGGCCCCUGCUGCCCGUGAUGCCCUGGCGCUGUUGUACCGACUGGUGGAGGCCCGUUCAUGA